CGCAGUGACGUUUAACGUGUGCGCCCGCAGUAACUGACUGCAGUUCAUCAUCGGCUCUCGGAAGCACUAUGGCCGAUAAAGCACAGCUACAGGAGGCGAUUAAAACACAAGGAGAGGUUGUCAGGAAACUGAAAUCAGAGAAAGCGAGUAAAGAACAGAUUGAUGAAGAAGUGGCCAGACUGUUGCAGCUCAAAGCUCAGCUGGGAGGAGAUGAGGGAAAACAUGUGUUUGUUCUCAAAACAGCUAAGGGGACCAGGGACUAUAACCCCAAGCAGAUGGCUAUCAGAGAAAAGGUUUUCAACAUCAUCAUCAGCUGCUUUAAACGCCAUGGUGCUGAAACCAUCGAUACCCCCGUCUUUGAGCUGAAGGAAACAUUGACAGGGAAGUACGGUGAAGACUCCAAGCUCAUCUACGAUCUGAAGGACCAGGGAGGAGAACUUCUGUCUCUGAGAUAUGACCUCACUGUCCCAUUUGCUCGCUAUCUCGCAAUGAAUAAAAUCACCAACAUUAAGCGCUACCACAUUGCUAAAGUGUACCGCAGAGACAACCCAGCCAUGACCCGGGGCCGUUACAGGGAGUUCUACCAGUGUGAUUUUGAUAUUGCAGGUCAGUACGAUGCCAUGAUCCCUGAUGCCGAGUGUCUGAAGAUUGUCUACGAGAUCCUGAACGAAUUAGAUCUUGGAGAUUUUCGUAUUAAGGUGAAUGACCGACGCAUUCUAGAUGGAUUGUUUGCUGUGUGCGGCGUUCCUGACGAGAAGUUCCGCACGAUCUGCUCCACAGUGGACAAACUGGACAAGAUGGCCUGGGAGGAUGUAAAAAAGGAGAUGGUGAAUGAGAAAGGGCUUUCAGCGGAUGUGGCUGAUCGGAUCGGGGAGUAUGUCAGCAUGCAAGGAGGACAGGAUCUGGCCGAAAGGCUGCUUCAGGACCCCAGACUGUCCCAGAGCAAACAGGCCUGCACUGGACUCACCGAUAUGAAGCUGCUCUUCAGCUACCUGGAGCUCUUCCAGGUCACAGACAAGGUGGUGUUUGAUUUGAGUCUGGCUCGAGGACUGGACUACUACACUGGUGUGAUUUAUGAAGCGAUUCUGUCCCAGACCAUCCAGGCACCGGUGUCCACGCCUGCAGAGCAGAACGGGGCAGAUGAAGCUGGCGUAAGCGUUGGCAGUGUGGCCGGUGGAGGGCGAUAUGAUGGUCUGGUGGGCAUGUUUGACCCCAAGGGCAGGAAAGUGCCCUGUGUGGGCGUCAGCAUUGGGAUUGAGAGGAUCUUUUCCAUCAUGGAGCAGAAGGCCGAGGCAUCUUCAGAGAAGGUUCGCACCACUGAAACUCAAGUACUGGUGGCCUCGGCACAGAAGAACCUUCUAGAAGAGCGACUCAAACUGACCAAUGAGCUUUGGAAUGCCGGAAUCAAGGCUGAAGUUUUAUAUAAGAAAAACCCGAAGCUGUUGAGUCAACUGCAGCACUGUGAGGAAACUGGGAUUCCACUGGUCGCCAUUUUAGGAGAACAAGAACUCAAAGACGGAGUUGUCAAACUGCGCAACGUAGCCAGCAGAGAAGAGGUUGAUGUGCCCAGAGUGGAUCUGGUGGAUGAGAUCAGGAAACGGACCUUGUUGUCUUAAAAACAGUCACCAUACAGACAGAGGAGGACAAACGCCAGUUACAAUUGUGU